GGCGGUCCCUUUAAGGAGGAGGUCACAUAGGAAGCAGCGUGACCGCUCGCCUGGUUAGGAAGUAACUCGGUGGUCUUUUCAUCCCCCCUCACACAGGACAGUCCGCAGAUUGGGCAGGUGGACUGCGUGUCCAGUUUAUAGUGACGUCCAUGUGUGUUUGGGAGGGGCAGCCCGCGCGUGCAGAUACUUCGCGUUUUCUUUUUUUUUUUUUAAGGUAAAGAGAGUUCGGGAAGCUUACGGACGUUUGCUCACGGGAACUUUUCAAGCUAACGGGUGCACGUCCGGCGAAGUGACCAGGGGCGCGAUGGCAACCUGGCGCCCCCGUAAACUGGCAUGACCACCACGACAGCCAAGACCUGGCGGCUUCAUACGGUUUAGGCUACUGUAGAUCGUCCGACGGACACCCAGUGCAUGGACUCCCACUAACCGAAACGGGCAGACGGAUUGUCCAGGUACACGCGACGCGACUUCUCCAAGGCGGAACGCGGAAGGCGAACGAGAAAAAGCAAACUGGGAAAUCAAGCGAGAGGAGAAGCAUGCGCCUUAAAAACACUGGGGGCAGUCGACACCGGACGGACGGGUGAUAGUCAUGUGAAGGAGGGCGUCGGACUAAGCAGCCCAUUCGAACACCAUGACCCGCUGGGGCGGCUGCGCGUUGCUUCUUCUGUUGCUGCUAGGGUCCGCCACCUGCUCGGGACGGGGUCUCGCUGGAGCAGCGCCGGAUUGGAGCGCACGGGACAACGACACGGAGUGCCGAAAUGUGAUGAAGUGUAAUGCCUCGGAGCAGUGCUGGUUUGUGAAGCACAUGAAGGACUGCAAGAACAAUGAUGGCUUCAUUGACUACCUGCAGGGGGCGUUCUGCACCUUCCCCCACCACCUUCUUCCACUGGCAGUGAUUCUCUAUAUCUGCUGGCUGCUCUUGCUGUUUUUGAUGCUUGGAGUGACCGCGUCCAACUUCUUCUGUCCCAAUCUGGCAGCCAUCUCCAGUAGCCUGAAGCUGACCCACAAUGUUGCUGGAGUAACCUUCCUCGCAUUUGGAAAUGGAGCCCCCGAUUUAUUUAGUGCAGUGGCGGCCUUCUCAGAUCCCCGGACGGCAGGACUGGCCAUAGGAGCGCUUUUUGGUGCAGGAAUUUUUGUUACUACUGUUGUGGCUGGUGGAGUUGCUCUUAUGAAGCCCUUCACCAUGGCUUCCAGACCGUUCCUGCGUGACGUCAUCUUCUACAUGGUGGCUGUGUUCUGGACCUUUUUCAUUCUUUACACUGGGAAGAUUAACCUGGGUGAAUCUCUAGGUUACAUCGCCCUCUACAUCCUGUACGUCUUCACAGUGAUAAUCAGCACGGUGAUAUACAAUCGACAGAAGAACCUGGUCCACACCCCACUUCAGAGAGGCUCCCCAGAGUCAGAUUUGCUGCAGGACUCAGAAGACUCGGGAAUCCUGUCCUCAAAUGGAACCAUUCAGGACUAUGAAAAUGAGUACCAGCCACUGCUGCCUUACACAGAGUCCACAGUUCAAAGCUUUCUGAGCUCCAUUAACCCUCUGGACAUUCGGAAAUGGCGGAGAAGGAGAUGGUACCAGAAAGUCAUUAAGGUGAUCAAGUUGCCGAUGGAGUUCAUCCUGCUGCUUACAGUGCCAGUGGUUGAUCCAGACAAGGAGGAUCACAACUGGAAGCGGCCUCUGAAUUGUGUCCACUUGAUCACCGGGCCACUGACCUGCAUUAUGACCUUCAAAGCGGGCACAUAUGGACUCUACCGUAUCUCAGGGGACCUUCCUCUGUGGGUCCUCGUCCUACUUGUUGGGCUUUUCCUGGCGGGCAUUGUGUUCUUCACCACCACCAACCAGGAGCCUCCAAAGUAUCAUUUUGUGUUUUCGUUACUGGGCUUCCUGGUCAGCGCCAUGUGGAUCAGCACAGCAGCUACAGAGGUGGUGAACCUCCUGCAGACAUUUGGUGUGAUCUUCAAGUUGAGCAAUACUGUUUUGGGCCUGACGCUUCUGGCCUGGGGGAACAGCAUUGGAGAUUGCUUUUCUGACAUCACCAUAGCACGGCAGGGUUAUCCACGAAUGGCUAUAGCAGCCUGCUUUGGCGGAAUAAUCUUCAAUAUGUUGCUUGGAGUCGGCAUCGGGUGCUUGCUGCAGAUGCCUGGCAGUGCAAAUGUGGUCAAGCUCCAACCAGAAGGUCUCCUCGUCUGGAUUCUGGCUGGCGCCUUGGGUCUCAGUUUGGUUUUCUCCUUCAUUCUCGUGCCGGCACAGUGCUUUCACGUCAAUCAAGCGUAUGGUAUCUUCCUGCUUAUCUACUACAUGAUUUUCCUGCUUGUGGCGCUCCUUACAGAAUUCAAUAUCAUCCACUAGCAAAGACCCUGAUCUCCCGAUUUGCCUUGCCUUUUUCUUCAGAGGGAUGCAAGAGGCCUUGCCUUCUCUUUCAUACAUGGGGCGUUCCCUUCACACUGCCCAUAUACACAAUAGAUGAGGUCAGGAAACUCUAACAGGGUCUGAGAACUUGCAGGGAUAAUUCAGCCAAUUCGCUGUGAGAACUUGCAGGGAUAAUUCAGCCAAUUCGCUGGAGUUUUAUUAUCUCCAUUGGGAGAUGAAAGCAGCCUUCAGAUGUGGAGACUUCUAGAAGCGGCUCACCCAAUGACAUGUGGUGUGAGAGGGAAUGUCGAUCCCGCAUCUAUUUAUUCGGAUUUCUUUCUUUUUAUUUUUAAUAUGCACAUUUAGUUACACAAGUUGCAAGUGUGCAGGUACCCAAGAGGAUGUUAUUUUGGACAUUUUUAAAUGUUUUAAUCUAUUCAACUGUGAUAAAGUCAUUCAGAAGUAUGAUAUGUGGAAAAAUAUCCAUGGAUCUGUUUUUUUUUCUUUUUUUACUUUUUAUCAACACAGAGACACUUUUGAAUCUUUUAAUUGGAUAUUUACUUUAUAAAAGUGAAGCUCUGCUGUAUUUUGAGAUGGAAGGCUGUAACAUCAACUAGGAAAUAUAACCGCGGAAUUUAAAUUUAAAAACUGCCUAACCAACAACCUACCGGACUGUUUUACUGGAAAUGUGACUGUUAUAGUCAAAGCCAGUCGGGCAUUUAUUUUAAAAUUUUUCGGAAUGUGAUUUUAA